GUCGACAUCGUGCGAGCUACGGGACGUCCGAAAUGUCGCACCCUCAAGUUGUUGAGCAACAAUGCCAACCACAUUACCAGCCGCCGUCUGCAGGCGCGCGCGGUGAGGCAAAUGACGCCGAAGGGGGGAGCACUUCUGCUCACAUGUCAUCCAAAGCGAAGCAAAAGAGGGGACCGAGGAAAGAUAAGAUUCGUGAGCCACCAACACCAAAAUUUCCAACCGAUCUUAUCACGAGACUGGAUCUGGAUGCAGCUCUGUUCUACUAUGAACGUGAGCGACUUGCGAAGUUGCACAACGAUCCUGCCUACUUGAGACUCUUAGAAGGACUGAGGGUUGUCAAAGGAGAGCCAUGGGUCCAAGUAUACAUAAACAUCAGAAGAAACCGAAGAACUCCUCCUUACAAGACUACGAAGGCAAUGAUGAGGAAGGAAGAGGAACGUCUGGCUCCAGAAAAGUGGCAGGAAAGGGACAAGAAGCUCACCGCAAGUCUGAUAACAAAGUUUAACGAGAUCAGAAAUGGAAAAGUUCUUGGGUCGAGCUGGACUAUCGAGGAUAGUAAGAGCAUCGUAGAGCUCUCGGGCCGUCAAGACGUCAGUUCUCUUGUCCAUAGGUACCAGGAGAUCCUACCGUUUGUCAAGUACUGCUGGAGGACCGACAAAAAGGUGUUGAGCCGGCUCGACCAUAAUCCUUGGGAAAUGGACCCCAUCGUCUACAUACACAGGCUCAAGGAAGCGCUCGACAACCUUUCUCGCAACCUGGCGCCGCCACCACCAUUCUACUCACCCCCAUACCAGCAGUAG